AACACAGACACCGACCUUCGCCGAUGUUUACAAUAUUUACCGACAAUUAAAUUCCCCUGCCUGGGGUAUCGCUAAGUACUGUUCUGAACUCCCCGAUAAAUAAGUGCAAUUAAAAGGACUCUUAUUUUUUGUUAAUUAGAUGCGAGCGGACCGACAGGUGUGCGGAAUCGCGAUUGGCCAGAGCUGAGCUUUGCGAAUACAGCACCACACCCUAUCGUUCAUCGCACGACGAGGCCGAAUAUUGUUAUUACUGACAAUCGCUCUGGACGCCAUUAAAUUGUGUGGUUGAAUUUGGGACUUACAAGCCCCAUGUGCGGGUGAAAUUCACACGGUGUACGUCACCCCCAGCUUUUACAGAACGCUGAAAAAUCGGCGUAUAUAGUCGACAAGGCUGCGGCCAAUAUUCUAUUAGGGGGACUCGGUCGAACGUCAAUGCGAGAAAAAUGGCAUGUUGUUUAAGCGACGAAGCCAAGGAACAGCGCCGAAUUAAUGAGCAGAUAGAGAGGGAAAUUCGGCGAGACAAAAGGAAUCAGCGGAGAGAACUAAAGCUUCUUUUGCUAGGAACAGGAGAGAGUGGAAAGAGCACCUUUAUCAAACAGAUGAGAAUCAUCCACGGCUCAGGCUACUCCGACUCGGACAAAAGUGGCUUCAUCAAAAUCGUGUACCAGAACAUCUUCAUGGCUAUGCACUCCAUGAUCAGGGCCAUGGAUACCUUGAAUAUCUCAUACAGUGAUCCAGCCAAUGAGGAAAACGGUCUGUUGGUCCGACAAGCGGAUUUUGAGACGAUUCACACUUUUGAAGAACCUUACGUUAGUGCAAUUAAGGCAUUGUGGGCAGACGAUGGAAUCCAGGAGUGUUUUGAUCGUAGGAGAGAGUACCAGUUAACAGACUCUGCUAAAUACUAUCUAGAUGAUGUUGAUCGUAUCGCAAAUCCGAAUUAUUUACCAACGUUACAGGACAUAUUGAGAGUGAGAGUUCCGACGACGGGCAUUAUAGAAUAUCCAUUUGAUUUGGAUAGUAUCAUAUUCAGAAUGGUGGAUGUGGGAGGUCAGAGGUCAGAGCGGAGGAAGUGGAUUCACUGUUUUGAGAACGUAACGUCCAUCAUGUUUCUGGUGGCCUUGAGCGAGUACGACCAGGUCUUGGUCGAGUCCGACAAUGAGAACCGUAUGGAGGAGUCCAAAGCUCUCUUUAGGAUGAUCAUUACGUAUCCAUGGUUCCAGAAUUCCUCCGUUAUCCUAUUUCUUAACAAAAAAGAUUUACUAGAGGAAAAAAUUAUGUUAUCCCACCUGGUGGAUUAUUUUCCUGAAUUUGAUGGUCCAAAGAAAGACGCCCAGGCGGCCCGUGAGUUCAUACUGCGGAUGUUUGUAGACCUUAAUCCUGACCCUGACAAAAUCAUUUAUUCUCAUUUCACAUGUGCAACAGAUACGGAGAACAUCCGUUUUGUGUUUGCAGCAGUAAAGGAUACGAUUCUACAGUUAAAUCUAAAGGAAUAUAACCUUGUGUGAGAAGAUGAGGGAUGCACAUCAUUUAAAAAAAACCUGGAGGUCGAAAGGUUAAAUAUGACACUUCGAUCUCAAGUGGUCAAGGUCAUUUUUCACUUUGACCCUGGUCAAUUUUUGCUGACCAUACACAAAAAUAACCUUGAAAAGUGUCCUUGUACAAGAAAAACAUUGAAAAAUUUACAAAAAAAGAGAACAAUUGUACUUAAACUGUGUUCUAAUUACGUGUUAUUUAAUGCGUAAUUACGUGUUAUUUAAUGCGUAUACGCAGACAGUGACGUCUAAGGAGACUGAGAAUUUUUUUUAUAUAUAUUAUAUAUACAUCUAUAUAUAUGAUUAUAUCCUCAUCAUCUCAAGAUAGGCAGUGACAGGGGCAAUAGGGGGACAGGCUCCACCCCAGUUCUUUUUCCCCUUUUUUAUCCCCCUUUUUCACACCCCCAAAGCAGGUCUACAAAUCUUCAAAUUUUUUUCACCCCUUUCUCCCCCCCAAAACAUACCUUUUUCUCUGCCCUCAAGUUGACAAUGUGAUGGAUACAGGAAUUGGAUGAACAGAGAAAGAAGAUGACAGCAUUUGAAUCUGGGGAGCAUAUUCAAGUGAAAGCUACAUUCGGGAGCUUAUUAGAUUUUUUUUUUCAUUUUAUGCAAAUGUGUUGUGUACAAAUCUGAAGUUUAUAGAAAUAUGUAGAUAUAAAGAAAGGCUGUGUUACUGAAAAUUUUUUUUGUUCUUUCAAAGAGAGAAGGAAAAAAACACACACAAUGGGACUCUCCAUCAGAAACACCAGUUAUGCCCCCUUUUUUGAUUCUCAGCAACAGAUGUUUUAAAAAAUCUGCCCCCCUCCCCACCCCCUCUCCCCCCUUGUACACCUUUUUUAUGGUGACAGACAGACAAAACCAGGACUAAAACUGUGUGUUGUAAAUGUGAUUUAAUAUUGUGGUGUUAUAGUCUUUGUUCAAUUGCCAAGGGGAAGCAACUCCGUUGAAAAAGUGGUUAUAAAUUUUGUAUUGGUGGACCUAAGAUUUCUAUUGGUGGAUCUAAGGACAUAUGUGAUUACUUUCUAAACCCUGGCCUGUGGAUAUUCAUGUCUAUUUUAUCAAUUAAUGGCCCAGGACUGCGCAUCUCGGAGAGAAAGGUUUCUAUUUGAUAUUUAAAAUGAGAGUUGUGUUUUUCCCGCAAUUAUUUUUUAGUGUGCAUAAUGAGGAACUAAUUUUUUUAUAUUAAGAUAUCUAUACAGCAAGGAUUCAUUUCCUGAACAUGAUCUGAAAUCUGAAGAAAGCACCUGUAUGUAGUAAUUUGACCCAUUUCCCAAAUCAAGCAAGGUUUUAAACUUAGGCUGUGUAGAGCUUUAAAUAAAGAGUACAGCUGACCUUGGAUAACAUUAAAUUCUAAUGUUUGAAAAUGGCACAGAAGCUUAAAUUUAAUAAAUUCAAUUUUAUGAUUAAAGUGAUUUUUUUGAACUCUUUUUUAAGUAUUCUGGGAAGUUUCUGAAUGCCACAAAAUGAUGUUUUUAUAAGGAAAUUGUAAUCUCUUAAGCAUUUGAAGACCAUGAUGAUAGAAUUGACCACAAUUGUUUGGUUCUUAUGCUCCCAAAAGAAAUAUUUAAUUUUGAUGGAAAUAUUUGAUCAAAAGACAAGCUUAUGAUUUAAAUAACAGCUUUCAGAUUUUUGAUACACUUCCAUAGACUUUGACUGAAGUACAAAUUAUUUAUGAUGGUAUGGAUGAUAUGUUGAAAUCUAAAUAAAUUUUCAUAGAGUAAUAUUAUGAAGGUUGUGGAACUCUUCAAUGUUGGAGGUACAAACAAAAUUUCCAAAAACAGAUUAAUGAACAUCUACCAUGUUAUAUUGUUAAAUGUGUGAAACAUACAUGGCACAAUUUCAGGGGAAUAUAUUAUCUUGUUUGAAUAUAAAAUGGUCAAAAUUAAAAUAAAAAUUCAUAUUUUACAAGAAUGUUGGAAAUAUUUCUGUGAAAUUUUGUUUGUAUAGUUUUAUACAGUUCAAUGAACCAUUAGACUGGUGUACCUAGAAAUUUUAAUCUUCCCAAAGAAGGCUUACAAAUGGUGCAUAGAUAUGUAACUUGUCUACUCUGGUAAAUGUAACAGUGAUUUUUUUUUUAAAGGAAUUUGCAUCUCAUUGAGAAGUAAAGAAAAACACAGCUCUUCUUUAUGUAAAUUAGAUUGGGUCAUUUCCUGAGGUCAUGUGUUCUCCAUGUUGAAAUAGUUAUAAAUCAUUUUUUUUUUGACCAGUCUUGCAUUACGAGUCUUUAAAAUCUUUGAUGUGCAAUAUAUUACUGUACAAGUUAUGUGUGGUGUAAUGAGGUCUGUAGAUUACCUGCAAAUUACUGGACACUGUCCAAUGUUUAACCAUACUAUGUGUGUACAAAUUCGGUAGAAUUAGGUCAGAGGUCAAAGGUGAUUGUUGGUUUUAUUGUCAUGAUGUAAACUAAAAAAAAACGCUUGUCAUAAAAGACCAUUAUGCUCAAUCUAAGAAAAAUGAGAUCGUUGAUCCGCUCCUGUUUGAUCUCUACACAAAGUGAUCAAAGUGGAGCGGAUCAAAGAUCUCAUUUUAAUUAGAUUGCCAUUCAGCUAUAUACCUGCAUGGCAUAAGAUAUACCAUUUGUAGGUUAAGUAUCCUUAGACAACAAAUUAUCUCGGGACUUGUGUGUAUAUUGUUUUUGUAUUAUGUAUCAUUGGUUGACACAAGUCACAUGUCCGACAUGUGCUAUUUUUAGAACAUCGGUCACAUGACGUCACAUCAUGUGACAAAAGAUAUUUUUGUUUCUUUCUUUUUUUUUUACCAAAUGUAGAAUUUUCUACGAUAGGUGUUUUUCAUUUGAUGUGUGUGUAAAAUUUCAUUGUCAGUGGAAUUUAAUGAUAUAUAUAAAAAAAUUACAAAAACAAGAACCCCUUAAAAAGAUGUUGUAAAUGUGCAGGGGGAGCUCUUGUUUAUUUCAUGUACGCGAAAAGCCAAGAGCGUUAGACUUUGUAAUAUGUGUGUGUUUGUGUGUGACGUUCACUUUUAUGUGUAUUCGAGAAAAAGUAUGCAAGUUUAAAGAGAGGAAGAGAGAGAGAGGAAGGAUGGAUAGGAGUGAUAUUAUAUUUUUUCUGAAUAUUGUUACGAGUAAUAGAUGUACAGAUAUUUGCUGGGGAUUAUUAUUAUGUCAAACUCUACCUUUUUAUUACUGGCCGUGAAUAGCGUUCACUUGUAUUCUAUACUUCUGGUCAGGUUUACCAAGGGUUAUGUUGAUUUGGAAUUUAAAUUUAGGAGUUUGGAUAUUUUUUUUUUUUGCUCUUUAAUUAAAUUAUACCAUGGAGGAAAGGAAAAAAAAUUAGCUUUCAGUCUUUCAAAAAUUAUUUUUUGAGGAAAUUCAGAUUUGAGAAAUACAAAUUAUCUUUGAAAUUUAGAAAUAAUAGAAUAUAUUUGCAUUUUUCCAAAAAGUUCAAUCUUUGUGGUUAAAAAUUUAUUUGAUGUUUUUGAAAAUUCUGUGAUUUUUUUUUCUUCAUGUCUAUAAAAAGAAAACCUGAAGAGAAUCGAUGAAAUAGUAGUGCUCUUUGCAUGUUGAUAGAUUUUUACGCUUAAUUUUAUGAUGGAAAAGGGCCGCGUUUUUUAUAUAUAUUUUUAACUGCAGUCAUGUGAACAAGAUGUAUGACUAUAUCACUGCAGAGAAAUGUUUGUUUCUGACAGGUUAACCUGUGCAUCUCUAAGUGUCUGAGAGACCCGGCAGACGCGUGAUUGGGGUUCUCUCGGUUGAUUCGUCAGUCCAUAUUAUUUAUUGUCACCAGUCAAUAAAAGCUUAAACUGUA